AUGCCCGUGAGUAUUAAGUUCGACCCGCGCAAUGACAUGUCUGUGGUUCGCAAUUACGGAACGCUGUUACUGGAGAUGGCGGCUUGUACUCCCGAUGGCAUGGUCUGCUUUUUUCCGUCCUAUCUCUACAUGGAGAAGAUAAUCGGUCAGUGGGACUCGCUUGGAGUGCUCAAGCGCGUUCUCUCAAGCAAGUUGCUUUUUAUUGAGACGAAGGAUAUCGUGGAGACGACUCUGGCGCUGGACAAUUACAAAAAAGCGUGCGACUGUGGACGGGGAGCAAUUUUCUUUUCCGUUGCCCGGGGCAAGGUGGCAGAAGGAAUUGAUUUCGACCGUCACUACGGACGAGCCGUGCUGCUGUUCGGCAUCCCUUUUCAGUACACGCUGUCGAACACGUUGCGUGCACGGCUCGAAUACCUUCGAUACACGCACCAGAUCCGCGAAGGUGACUUUUUGACAUUCGAUGCGUUGCGUCAAGCCGCUCAGUGCGCCGGUCGAGUUCUCCGUAGCAAGACCGACUACGGUCUCGUCAUUUUUGCCGACUCGAGAUACAACCGAGCGGACAAGCGCAAUAAGCUGCCGCCGUGGAUCACCCAGUUCCUCUUGACGUCGCACUUGAACCAGUCGGUGGACAUGGCAGUUUUCAUGGCUAAGAAAUAUCUGUCGUAA